GCCAUUGUGCAGUUGUCAAUAAAAAGCACGCGUUUGUAUUUUCUUUCUGUCUCUACCCAGUAAAUCGAGUAAAUAGUGAAUAAUUGUUUUAAAUUUUCAAUUAAAAAGUAUCUCUAAAUCCCUUAGUUGCGUUAACCGUUCCAAACAGUUACGCGAAACGGUGUUUUACUCGUCAAAGACGCUUAGCGUCAUGCCGACCGCCAAAUGACCGAACGUAAAGUUUAAAAUUAAUUUUCGGCUUGUUCGACAUAGUUUAGCCGGUUGAAUUGCACUAAAAUCGGGAGCUGUGAGAUUUAAAUUGAGGGAACUCUAAGUGUUCGUGCUGAUCUACCGAAGCCUCAGGUGCAAGCUCACUUGUUACGUAAAGAAAACAUCUCUUCAAAAUGAAGUCACGUCAAGAGCGUUUCAAAUCCUCCUCCAGUACUGAUGAAGUGGAUUCAGCCUCGGAUCAUGAGGAGCAUCAUAUGUGCCAAUAUAAGAUUGCGGGGAACAUGCAACUGGCCCUCCAGCCCUUGCAGCCCCAUGAAAUGGAGCUCCAAGAGGAGAUUUGUGGGGAUUUUAUGCAUAUGGACGAAGUGGGUGACAUGGAGUGCACCAUGGGCCCUAUUAGGAAGAGGAGGGGCAACUUACCAAAACAUUCUGUGAAGGUUUUGAAGAAGUGGCUGUAUGAACACCGUUACAACGCGUAUCCAUCCGACAUGGAAAAAAUGACCCUGUCCCACGAGGCGAACCUCACCGUCCUCCAGGUGUGCAACUGGUUCAUCAACGCCCGCAGACGAAUCCUACCGGAGAUGAUCAGACGCGAAGGCCACGACCCGAUGCACUACACCAUCUCGCGGCGCGGCAAGAAACUAAACGGCAUCGGCGGCGGUACCAACCAGGUGAUAACCUGGACGGAGGAUUUCGACGGUCACGAGAGCAAACGGAUCCGGAUGGACCACGAUUACGAGGACGGCAUGACGUUGAUUUACCACUCGGAAGAGGACAGUCCGGUCGAAUACGAGGAGGAGAAGUUUAACCCGUGGGACACCGUCAUCCGGUUGGGGGUCGGUAACGAGGUGAUCUGCAGAUCAUCGGACGAGGACGACGAGGUGGUACAGUUGCCGCAGGAGCCGUCACGUCCCUCGGUACCGACUAAAGCGCAACUGAAACAGUACGCGGACAGUCGAACGCCCCAGAAACAAACGAACGAGGAUAAGUUCGAGCCGUUUUAUUUGCUGGUUGACACGGCGGUGGCCGUGCGACAGAAAGAGAUGGAGGGCGUCAAUUAAUUCGGUUUAAGUCAUCAGAUGUAUAUUGUUUUGAUGGAUUCGUGAUUAGUUACCGGUUUGGUUGGGUGUUACGUCACUGUUUCGGUGAGUAUCAAAUUAAAAAAAUACUCUUAUCUCGUACUCUUAAUUGAAAAGAAGAUAGACGUAUUCACGUAUUUUGAAGAAAUAUGAACUUAAAUCUUUAAUGGUACCUUUGGUUAUAUUUAAUUCUACGUGGUGCGCCAGAGAAACUUACUUAUUUGAAAGGUCAAUAAAAACAAAAGUACUUCAAUUAUUGUUUUAAUUUUUUUUUAUUUGACAAUACAAUAUCCCAAUUUUUUUUUCAUGCAGUCUUGAAAAUGACAUCGGAUAAAUGGCGACCUCUAUUGCGCAUAAACUGAUAAAGUCGAUUUUUGAAAUUCGUAUCCACUCUUUGGAGCAUAUCAAUCGGUAUGUUGGCAAUUGCGUCGCGAAUGUUGAUCUUGAGGUGUGCUAUGGUCCGUGGUCGAUCGACAUAAACCAGAGAUUUUAAAUAACCCCAUAAAAAGAAAUCGCAUGAAGUCAAAUCUGAAGAGCGUGCCGGCCAUUGGAGAUCAUCUGAGAGAGAUGAGGCGAUCGGGAAAAUGUUGUCGCAACAAGUUCGUUGAGUCUCGUGCUGUGUGUGCUGUGGCUCCAUCUUGCUGAAACCACACGUUUUUAACGUUCAUUUCUUCGAGUCUUGGAUGAAAAAAUUCCUCGAUCAUGUAACGAGCUCCAUUCACGGUAACUGCGCGUUCGUUUUCUCCAAAAAAAAGAAGGUCCAAUUAUUCCCAUUACCGACAUCGCACACCAGACAGUAUCUCGCUCACAAUUAAGUGGCUUCUGGUGAAGCUCACGUGGAUUUGCACCACACCAAUAACGCAUGUUUUGCUUGUUGACGCAGCCGGAUAUGUGGAAGUGAGCCUCGUCACUGAAAAAAACGACCGCGUCUUCAGGCAGGUUGUCGACCAGUAUUUCACAUGCAUUUUGACGGGCAACCAAAUCGCGUUCAGUUAAUUCUUGCACAACAGCCAAUUUAUAGGGAUGAAAGCGCACCCUGUAUCUAUGUAAGUCCAAUAAUUUACUUGAGGUAGUGGAAGUUUUCCUAAAAUGGCCCAGCUUAGCAAUAUCAAGGAGAGUUACAUGCCUUAUCAAUGACCGCCUAAUGUCUCUCAGAUAAAAUACGUCAUUCUAACGGGUUGUUAUAUAACGCAAAAUUACGUUAUUCCUAUGUCAUUUUGGAAAAAAUACAUCUAUAUAUAAACGUAUAUUUAGAAAUAUUUAACAAAUACAUUUAAACAAACAUAUUGAGCAAAAAAUGUACACAAACCUUAGAUGUUAAAACUAAAAAAUAACUUAAUAGGAUCGUAUCAAUAGGUUGGGUUAAUUGUGGACGAUCAUUUUUAGGUAUUUAUCAAUGAUUCACAUAUACGCGAAAAAGUAUAUUUUCUUCUUUACAAUAAUUGAGCGUUUCAGAUAAUAUUUUGUAAAUUGACACUUACUAAAACAGUGAUGCAAUACCCAACAAAAUAGCUAACUAAUUAGGCUUUUGUCGGUUUAGUGUUUAGGUAGUGCCGUUGGUGCCUUGAAAACGUCGUCUUUUUCUACUAAAAGUACUUUUCUUUUUCUUUUCGAGUGAUAGAUACUAAUCGUUACGUGUAGCUUUUAAGGAGUUUUAAUUGUAUUUUUUUUUUUUUUUUGAAAAGUUUAAUCUGUCGGACCUUUUCUAGUGUGACUUUUGCUCAAAUUCGUAAGUACAAAACUGAUAAUGAGGGUGCAUCUUUUCGAAGUCUUUUAUUAGUGUCUAUGUAGGCUUAAGAGUUAGAUCGUAGAACGGAAAUUAUGUAUUAUAGGCAGGCCUUUGCCCAAUUUAUUAUUGUUGACGCUCGAAGAGCGGCUCUAUGUUUCCCUUUAUUGAAAGAAAGAGUGAUGUGCAUAUUUAGUCAUUGAAUAAAAGGUUCAUUUUUGUUUUAAA